AUGGCAACGACCGAGACGAAUUUCAUUGCUUAUUGUUAUGAGAAUGGAAUUGGAACAGUCGCAGAGCCGAACAUUGCUUUUUAUUGGUACUCGAAAUCCGCACUCGCACAUGAUCCACAAGGCGAAUUCUACGAUCAGGGAAAAGCAGUUACACUAGUUGAUGUCCAUGCCGCAAUCUAUUGGUAUCGAAAAGCAUUGAUUAAUAAUCAUAGCAGUGCAGAACGCAGACUCAAUAAUUUAUUUCAGGCUGAUGGAGCUAUCUAA